AUGAUGCAUUUAUUUCUUUAUUUAAUCGCAUUGCCUGCAGUUUUUGGAGAGACUACGAAACUGGAAAUUUGCAAUAAAACCGUUGGAAAUGGUAAUAAACGUCGCCCAACGGUUGAUCCAAAUUUAUGUUAUGAUAAUGACGCUAAAGCUUGUCAAGCAGCGUUAGGAGUGACAGAGGGGCAAAAAUUGCAAAAUCAAAAUAAAGAGUAA